AUGUCGUCAAGAACGUUCUACCCGCAGACCCCGGUCGAAUUCAACUCCAGCCUCAUUUCGUCGCUGGACAGCUCUGCAGAGACUAACUACUCGAGACAGCAAGUGUCUGCACAGGUUGUCGAGCGAGAGGUGGGCAAAAAAUUAAAAGAAUUGGAAAACAACAAACUCGCAAAACUCGACACAAAACUCUCGUCUCUGCUCCUUCCCAAUGAAGACCAAGGUGUGAGCGUCGCUUCAGUGAACGAGAAGCUGAAUGAGGCUGCCGAAAAGCUGAAAAAGCUCAACGAUGCAAAACCCGUCAAGUCCAAGGCUCUUGUUGACGCGGAAACUGCCGUGGCCAACUGCAUUAAAAUUAAUAGAGACAAACCCCUGAACUGCUGGGACGAGGUGGAGCAGUUUAAACAGCUUGCAACUAGAAAGUAA